AUGGCCUUCAUGGGACUAUCCGCUCUGAUUCCUCUGGCUCUUACGAGUUCGUGUUUAGCGAUUUGCAACCCGGUGGUUGAUUUAGGCUACGCCACCUACCAGGGAUCUUAUAACAGUACUUACGACCUGAACGUCUUCAAAGGAAUUCGUUAUGCAGCUCCUCCAGUUGGGAAGCUACGAUGGCAAGCUCCACAGGCUCCCUUGGUGAAUCGGACUUCCAUUCAGUCUGCCACUGAUCAGCCUCCUCUCUGUCCACAGUCAGGUGGUGCAAAAUUGCCGAAAGUUUAUGGCUUCGGUUCAGCUCUUGGUGAUGAGGACUGUUUGUUUUUGAAUGUUUACGCCCCACCCGGAGCGAAAGAUCUCCCUGUGCUCCUUUGGAUCCAUGGGGGUGGGUACGGCCUUUUUGGGGCCAUUUAUGACCCUAGUGAGUGGAUUGCCACGAACGAAAAUGGAUUCAUUGCGGUCAUGAUUCAGUACAGACUGGGCGCUUUUGGCUUUCUGUCAUCGGAAGACGUGUACAGAUAUGGUCAAACAAAUACAGGCUUGCUGGACAUGCGAUUCGCCCUUGAAUGGGUCCAAGAACAUAUCGAAAAAUUCGGCGGCAAUGCGUCUCGUGUCACGGUUGGUGGUGAAUCUUCCGGCGCAGGUUCAGCGAUGUUACAAGCAAUGGCCUACGGAGGCCGUGAAGAUCACUUAUUCAACAACAUUAUCGCUGCUAGCCCGUAUUCGCCGGCUAUGUACCACUACAAUGAUGAGGUGCCGACAAGCCAUUACCUUGAAUUUGCAGCUCGAGCAGGGUGUUUCAAUGGAAAAAUUACAUCUGAGCCAGUUAUAUUUGACUGUCUACUCAAAGCAGACACCGAAACCUUGCAAUAUGCCAGUGCAAAUGUCUCCACCUCCGGAGCAUGGGGUACUUGGGCUUUCCAACCCGUGAUUGACAGCGAUUUCAUUCAAGAGCUACCAUCUCAACAAUUAUUCGAAAAGAAGGUGGGCGGCAAGCGUGUUCUGUCUGGAAACAAUGCCAAUGAUGGUGUUCCUUUAAGUCCACCUUGCAUCAGCACCGCCGAUGGGUUUUUAAAUUACAUCAAGCAAACUUUCCCCUUAUUCACUCCAAGUGACUACUCUCUCUUAAAAGAUAUCUACAGAUCCUGGGAUGGUUCUCUUAGGAAUACUGCUUCUCGCUACGACACCUUGGGUGAUCGUGGCCCAACUGCUUUGAACCAGUCAGAGAUGGCAACAGGCAUACAGCAAACUAUUUUCGAUAUCUUUGCCGAGACAAGCUUUGAUUGUCCUUCAUACUGGCUGGCUGAAGCUUUCUCAGGAAAUCCAACGACGGAGAGCUGGAAGUAUCAGUAUUCCGUCACCCCUGCGUACCACGGAGCAGAUUUAACGGCAUACUUCUCUGUCGGAGCAAAAACACCCACUCGUGGCCUUAUACAUGCAUUCCAAAAGAUCUGGGGAAGUUUCAUCAUCAACGAUAGUCCGGUCAUCUCUGUAGCAGACGCAAAGGGCGGCGCAGAAAACUCUACAGUACCCGAAGGGCACUGUGGAGAAAUUUUGUGGCCAACGUGGAAUGGGUCCUCGCCUGUGCUCAUGAACUUGAACACCACGGGUGGAACGACGGUCUUUGACCGAGUUACUCACCAACUCUCCUACUGGCUUCGCCAAGGACCUGGUGUUACGAACGAGUUCACGCUGGCGGAUGCAAAUAGCUGGGAAGGUGGUCGCGGAGAGCGUUGCAAGUUCUGGCAAGCCGUUGGCUCCCGUGUGCCAUUUUAA